CGAAUUGUCUGGUCUAUAGAUCGAUACUUUUAUUCAAUUAUUUAGAUUUCAUCAAACAUGUUGAAUAAUUAGAUUAAAACUUCUAUAAUUUUGCAUUAGAUUUUGUCCUCCAAUAACGACCCCCGAAUUGGCUACACACUUUUGAAAUAAAAUAACAAGAAAAUCGAACUUAUAAAAACCCAAAUUAAAUAAUUUCAACUCAAAAUAAUUAAAACUUUGUGUACCAAUGCAUGACAAUUGCAGCAGCGGAAAAUCUGGGAGCACAAAAGAUCAAUGAAUAGGAUCUAGUGGGAGGUUUCGGUUUGAGAUGUAUAAAAUGAAGAAAGGCGGCAGGCAGGCAGAGCCGCAGAAGAUAUAGAGGGAGAGGGAGAGGGAGAGAGAGAGAGAGAGAGAUGGGUGUCAGCAAUGUGAAGCAAUGGAGCAGAAUAGUGAAAGAAGCGUUGGACAGAGCCUUCUUCACAGCCAAGUUCCUCUGCCUCCUUCACGUCUCCAAUACCUACCUCUGCACUGUGGCUCUUGCCCACGGCCCCAGCAUGCUCCCCACCCUGAAUCUCUCUGGGGAUCUCAUCUUGGCCGACCGUCUCUCCGUUCGUUUCGGCAAAGUGGGUCCCGGCGAUAUCGUCCUCGUUCGAUCUCCUCAGAACCCUAGGAAGAUUAUCACGAAGCGUGUGGUGGGCAUGGGAGGGGAUCGCGUUACUUUCUCUGUGGAUCCCAAGGACAGUCGCAGAUGUGAGACUGUUGUUGUUCCAGAGGGGCAUGUUUGGAUUGCGGGAGAUAACAUAUACGCUUCCACUGAUUCAAGGAAUUUUGGUGCUGUUCCUUAUGGUCUGCUUCAAGGCAAAGUGUUCUGGAGGAUAUGGCCACCUCAAGGUUUUGGAUUGUUAAGACACGUGAAUGAGUAAAUCUUGCAAGAACUGGUCUCAUCUGAAGCCAAAAAUUGGAGCAAAAAGAAGUUUCAAGAGGGUAAUCUGCUUUGCCGGUCCUCUAGUUCAGGGAAAUAGAAAGUUUUUUGAGUUAAUGGUGGAAAACUUGCAGGGAGGCUGGUUUGGUUCUCCUUCAAUGCAUUAUUGAUUAAAGCUGAGAUGCAACAUGGAUAAGAAGGCUUUUUUUUUUUCCCCUUUAUUGUCUCUCAUCUUGUGGUUGUAAUUUACUAGUUGCAGCCUUCUGCAUAAAUUGAAUAAACUUUACUUAAAUACUCAUGGUGCCCAGUUCACUUAUUUCAGUUUAAUUGCUAACUCAAUAAUUUGCUCA